GGGCGAUGCACCCGGAGGCUGGGACCCGCUGUCACCGCGCCCCCAGCCGCGUGCGCCACCCGCACGGCUGCCCUCUCUGCCCAGACCCGAUGUUUCCCCGUGGAAAUGCAGUAUUCAGGAUUCCGAAGUUUAAAAGGAAGAACGGCGCACAGAUUGAGGCCGUGAACUGUCUAUAUGUGAAACACUGCAAUGUCUGUUUCACUUUGGGAAAGACAUAUUUUUGCCCAGAAUAAAGGACUGCUCUUGACUCUCUGGAGAGCCCAACAGUGAUGGAGUUCAUGAGCACCGGGAGUGACAACAAAGAAGAACUCGAUUUAUUAAUGAAGCAUUUGAAUGUGUCCGAUGUGAUAGACAUUAUGGAAAAUCUUUACGCAAGUGAAGAGCCAGCGGUUUAUGAACCCAGUCUGCUGACCAUGUGUCAGGACAGUAACCACAACGAGGAGGAGCGGUCUGAGUCUCUGCUGCUCAGCGGGCAGGAGGGGCCUUGGUUGUCCUCAGUCAGAUACGGGACUGUGGAGGACUUGCUUGCUUUUGCAAACCACAUAUCCAACACUGCGAAGCGUUUAUACAGACGCCGACCACAAGAAUCUGGAAUUUUGUUAAAUAUGGUAAUCACUCCUCAGAAUGGACGCUACCAAAUAGACUCUGAUGUUCUGCUCAUCCCUUGGAAGCUGACCUACAGGAACAUUGGCUCCGAUUUCAUUCCUCGGGGGGCAUUUGGGAAAGUGUACUUAGCACAAGAUAUAAAGACUAAGAAAAGGAUGGCAUGUAAAUUGAUCCCAGUAGACCAAUUUAAGCCAUCUGACGUGGAAAUCCAGGCUUGCUUCCGGCACGAGAACAUCGCCGAGUUAUAUGGCGCCGUUCUAUGGGGUGAAACUGUCCACCUCUUCAUGGAAGCAGGCGAAGGAGGGUCUGUCCUGGAGAAACUGGAGAGCUGUGGACCCAUGAGAGAAUUUGAGAUUAUUUGGGUGACAAAACAUGUUCUCAAGGGACUUGAUUUUCUGCACUCAAAGAAAGUGAUCCACCAUGACAUUAAACCUAGCAACAUUGUUUUCAUGUCCACAAAAGCUGUUUUGGUGGAUUUUGGUCUAAGUGUCCAAAUGACCGAAGAGAUCUAUUUUCCUAAGGACCUCCGUGGAACAGAGAUUUACAUGAGUCCGGAGGUGAUCCUCUGCAGGGGCCAUUCGACCAAAGCAGACAUCUACAGCCUGGGGGCUACUCUCAUCCACAUGCAGACGGGCACCCCGCCCUGGGUGAAGCGUUACCCGCGCUCCGCCUACCCCUCCUACCUGUACAUAAUUCACAAGCAAGCGCCUCCUUUGGAAGAUAUUGCUGAGGACUGCAGUCCUGGUAUGAGAGAGCUGAUUGAGGCUGCUCUGGAGAGGAACCCCAAUCACCGGCCUAGGGCAGCAGACCUACUGAAACACGAGGCGCUGAACCCCUCCAGGGAGGAUCAGCCCCGCUGUCAGAGCCUGGACUCUGCUCUCUUUGAGCGGAAGCGGCUCCUGAGCCGGAAGGAGUUGGAGCUUCCUGAGAACAUUGCCGACUCUUCAUGCACUGGGAGUACUGAGGAAUCAGAGAUGCUAAAGAGGCAGCGUUCUCUCUACAUAGACCUUGGGGCCCUUGCUGGCUAUUUCAACCUUGUCCGGGGUCCACCGACCCUAGAGUAUGGCUAAUGGCUGGUGGCGUUUGCCCUGAAUUAGGACUCAAUAUUCAUAGAUCUCUGGGAAGCUGAUUCUGCUGACUCUGCACAGGGUCUCCUUCGAGGGAAUUGUAUUUUUAUUGGCUGGGCUCCUCCGACUCAUGAAUGUGACUCCAUGUGACUCCUGUGUGUUGAUGUGUGAAGCUACCCUUGGCCCACUAGGCUGGAAAGUUCUCAUUUCUCAGGUGGUAUGCCUGACUCUAAGGAAGCUGAGAGUUCACGGAAGGAUCAUUUCUCAGUGACUGAUUCCAUCCACUGUGCACUUUGCUCAAAAUUUUAAGAAUACCAAUCACAAGAAUAAUAUAUUAGCCUACAAUGACUGUUCUUGGUUCUAUUAAUAAUUUAACUAAGGGAACUUCUUUUAACUCAGUGUAUAUAUGGUGUAUAUUGGUGUAUAUUGUACAAUAACUCUUCAAGCCUUUGUCUAUAAAUGCUGAUAGAAAUGAAAGUCUUUAUAUUUGGGGUAAAUAGAACAACUUGAAUAUUAUAGCGAUAAGCUGAACUAGUGUCUUAAAAAUGGCUAACCGAUGAAUUCGGAGCCAUGUGACCGCUGCCACUAGUGACAGGUUUGGUUCAGUUCCUAUGGAAACAUUUUGUACUGUACAUGCUAUGCUUCAGACAUUUGAAACAUGAUGUUUUGAAUGUGGAUAAAACUGUGUUAAACCACAUAAUGUUUGUACAUCCCAAAGGAUGAGAAUGUGACCUUUAAGAAAAAUGGAACAUUUAUAAAUUCUUAAUGAUGCUACUUUUAUAAGUCUUACUUCUCUAUUUUCUUGAAAGCGUUUGUAUAUUAAAAUAGCAUACUGUGUAUGUUUUAUAUCAAAUGCCUUCACGAAUCUUUCAUACAUAUAUAUUUUUAACACUGUAAUGUAUGUGAAUAUUCCAAGUAUGUUUUUACAUCAUACAAAUGAAAAUGAUACUUUUAUCCAACAUGACCCGUCAAAUCAGCUGAAUAAAUUCAGUAU